AUGGACGCUAAUUGCAUUGGAUGGGAUGAUCAACUCCCAAACCAAUUCAAAGAUCGAUGGAAACUCUGGAGGGACGAGCUGAGCGACCUAGAAAAUCUCCAUGUGAACAGGUGUUACUUACCACAGGGACUCAGCAUGGCGAGGAGAAUCGAACUGCAUUCAUUCUCUGAUGCUAGAACAAAAGUAAUUGGCCAAGUCACAUACAUACGUACUAUCGACAAACAAGGAACACCUCACGUUUUAUUUGUCUUAGGAAAAGCCAAGGUGGCUCCGACUGCUGUCACAUCCAUACCAAGAUUAGAAUUGUGUGCCGCCGUAAUGGCCACGCAAGCAGUUCAGAAGAUUACAUCCGAACUAGAUGUUGUGGUUGACCAAACCUACUAUUACACAGACUCAAAAGUUGUAUUGGGAUACAUUCAAAACAAAUCUCGCCGGUUUUAUGUUUACGUGGCGAACCGUGUUCAGCAGAUACAUAAUGUUUCAAAACCCCAACAGUGGCACUACAUUGCUACAGAAAUUAACCUUGUGGAUAUCGCCUCAAGAGGGAUAUCAGCUAAGGAGAUAUCAAGUUCUUUGUGGUUUCAAGGCCCGAAGUUUCUCUAA